AUGGUAACAUUAGCUGAUCAACUAAGCUGUAUUAGUUUAAAAGAUUAUGCCAAAUUGCUAAGAAUUGUUGUUUUGGGUGUUUAAUCAGCAGGUUUUUCAUUGAUAUUAAUAAAAUAUUUUGAAUAGAUACUCUCAGUAAAGAAACUAUUAUUCUUAAUUUAUUGAAUUUAUUCGUUAUCAAAUAAAGAUCAUUAAAAAUCGAAAUUAUCAGUUGCUCCAGUAAAUGUUCAUCCAGACUGCUGAAUUUGUUGAAGAAAUUAAAUGCAAAAAAGUUCACUUAUUUUGAGGAAAUUUUAUAAUAAAUAAAUGAGUUGACUGAUAGGUAUAAUGAUAGGCAAAAAACAUUAAAGACAAGACUAUAAAAUUAGUAGGCUAAGACCCUAAUUAUUCUUGAGCUAACUUUAGUAGGUAUGAAAAAAUCUUAAAAAUUUAAAUUAUAUUUUCUAGGAAUUACUCUAACACAGUUGUAGAUUAGCCUUAAAAAAAUUGAAGAAAUACCAACCUAUAUGCUCAAACAUUUAAUGACUCUAUAAAAAACUUAAUGA